AUGUCAGCACAAGAUUUCUACGGCGGCGGCAGCGGCAGCGGAGGAGGAUAUGGUCAACAGGGCGGGUACAAUAAUCAAGGAGGUUAUAAUCAACAGCACGGAGGUCAAGGAGGAGGAUAUAACCAACAACAAGGUUACGGUCAGCAAGGCGGUUAUCCUCCACAACAGGAUUAUAAUCAGCAGCAACAACAUCAUGGCGGAUAUCCUCCUCAGCAGAAUUACAAUACCCCUCCACCGCAACAUCAAGGUUACGGCUACCCACCACAACAACAACCACCAUACCCCCAACACAACUCCUACGGCGGUCCCUCUCCCUCGCACUCUCCCGCGCCUGGCUACAACCAGCAACAACACCACCAGAACCCCCCAUAUCCAGGUGGUCCCGGCUCCUCCUACAGCAACGGUCCUCAACCCGGUCAACCGGGCUACGACCCUAACGUUGGCCCCGACGGCGAGAAAGGCCUCGGGUCGACCCUCCUCGGCGGCGGCGCCGGCGCGUUCCUAGGCCACAAAGCGGGCGGCGGAGCGCUCGGCACGGUACUGGGUACGGUGGUAGGUGCCAUCGGCGCGAACAUCGUGAGCGACAAGACGAAGAAACAUAAGAAGAAGAAGAGUGGCGAUGGUUUGUACCCGGGGUAUGGGAAGCAUAAGAAGGAGAAGAAACAUCAUCGCAGUCGGAGUCGGGGGGGUGGGAGUUCGAGUAGUAGUAGUUCGGAUAGUGAUUAG